AUGCGGACGGCUAUUGCGGUGUUCUGUGUCUUCCUCGGCUGCUGCACCAAUGUCGUGUUUUUGGAACUGCUUGUCAAGGAUGAUCCUGGCAGUGGGAAUCUCAUCACGUUCUUGCAGUUUCUUUUUAUAGCCAUUGAAGGAUUUUUAUUCACGUCCAAAUGUGGCACUGUCACACCAACCAUAGGCAUAAAGGAUUAUUUAAUUUUGGUCACAAUGUUUUUUAUUGCCAAUGUGUGCAAUAAUUAUGCGUUCGAUUUUAAUAUCCCUAUGCCGUUGCACAUGAUAUUUAGAGCUGGUUCUCUUAUAGCCAAUAUGAUUAUGGGUAUUGUUAUUUUAAACAAAAAAUACGUGUUUAGCAAAUACUUGUCAGUAUUCAUGAUCACCUCGGGAAUAGCGCUCUGCACAAUUGUUAGCGGCAAAGAGAUUAAAUCUUUGCAGCAGAAAAAUAUAGUGCAAGUACCCACGACGCCAUGGGAGGACUUCUUCUGGUGGACCCUAGGCAUAUCGCUGCUCACAAUUGCCUUAUUUGUUUCCGCAAGAAUGGGUAUUUAUCAGGAAGUACUGUACAGCCGAUAUGGUAAAAACGCGCGAGAAGCUUUGUAUUAUACACACUUGUUACCUCUGCCAUUCUUCCUAACGCUAGCGCCUAAUAUUUACGAUCACUGGAACUUUGCACUUGCAUCUGAACCACUAAGGUUACCUCUCAUUGAUAUACAUAUGCCAUCGUUAAUUGUAUAUUUAAUUGGAAAUGUUCUGACGCAAUACAUGUGCAUCAGCUCUGUAUUUGUGUUAACAACAGAGUGCACCUCUCUCACAGUUACUCUGGUAAUAACGUUGCGAAAGUUCCUGUCAUUGUUAUUCUCUAUAAUUUAUUUCAAAAACCCGUUUACUAUAUAUCACUGGAUUGGUACUCUACUAGUCUUCACAGGUACAAUUAUUUUCACGGAAGUGAUACCAAAGAUUACACAAAGCUUACAGGUACCUAAAACGAAGAAAAUGGAAUAAAUUUUACAAUAAAAAAACAAAAUGUAUUAAUUUUAAAGCAGGCAAAUAAUCAUUUUUUUAUUACUAUUAACUACAUAAUUAUGAACGCUGUUCAAGGCAUUUUGUAGUUUUUUUUUUGUUGCAUUAUUUCGAUACAUAAAAGCAGUACGUAAAAGAAGAUGCGUUUAGCAGAAAAAGCAGCUUUGCGACUGUUAUAAGAGUCUUUAAUAUCUACAAUAUUAGUUUUUGUCCUUAAUUUCUGUCAGACCUAAAUGUAUAAAUCACUCGUACAAAAGAAUUUUCUUAUGCGGGGUCUACAAUAGCAGCAGGAGUAAUGGAGUAAGGAGUAAGAGUAACAAUUAACCAAUUAAAAACCGGGAGUAAACGAAAUGGGCAAAUCUCAUUUCAUAUUUCUUACUUCUUACUCCUACUCCAUUACUCCUGCUGCUAUUGUAGACCCCGCAUUAUAUUUAAUGAUAAUUGCAAAAUUGCUUUUACUAAUAAACGCAACCAUUCUCGAAUAGAUAUGACGUAAAAAUGGUCUUCUCUUCUCUGUUUUAUAUAAAUUUGUUUUUGGAAAAUAAUAGCGGAUGAUUUUUAAAAUGUAAUUUCUACCUCAAUUAUACUUUCAUAUUUAAUUAAUGAAUAAAAGAAUUGUACUCCCUUUUUUCAUCGCUAUAUAUGUAUCUGAUGGAUUAGUUUGUUAAUUGCUCGCGUAUAAAUUGCACUAUCGUUAAUUUGAUCAAUAAUUUCGCAAGUUCAGUUUUAACGAUGCAAGUAUAUUUUCGUUUGAUAUAGUAUAUAUUUUUUUUACAAUAAAUAUAUAUCUUUCUAUCUAGCAACAAUUUAAUUUAAAUUCGAUAUCAGGGCACAGUGUUAUAGAUGAUCGUACAUCACUUAAUUUAAAUCUCUUAGGCUCGUUGUUCGGAAAGUUCUUUCAGAAAAUGGCAGACACAAAAAAAAAA